AUGGGGCCUGUUGCAGGUCUUUCUGUGGAUUCCCCCUCACAGGGUGCCGGGUUUGCCUCCGAGAUUCAGGCUUUGGUUGAGGGCCUGUCAGUACAGAUUGCGUCCCUUGCAGAAAGAGUACUGGAAGAAAUGUCAUUUCUUCAGAUCAGCAAUAUAGGGUUAAUUGAAGACAAGGUUCCAGAUGAAGAAGCUAUGGAAACUGACAAUGAUGUAGCUACACCUAACGUGCCUUCACAACGUGAUUCUUACUUGGACUCCACUAGUAAACAUGAUGGCUCUGAUGUUUCUAUGCAAAACACUUCACCCAAUGUUGACAAUGCAGAGCCAAUUACAGAUGAGAAUACUCCAAAGCCAAGGUCAUCUAACAAAAGUGGUGACAUAUCACAAACAAGGUCAAGUACAUUUGAAGAAAGUGAUGACAUAACACAGGCAAAGACAUCGGUAUUACAAGAAAGUGAUGAAAUAUCGCUAGCGCAACCAAGUGCAUCUAAAGAAAGUGAUGACACAUCAGAAGCGAAGUCAAUGGUAUUAAUGGAAAGUGAUGAAAUAUUGCAAGUGAAACCAAGUACAUCUAAAGAUAGUGAUGAAAUAUCGCAAGUGAAACCAAGUAUAUCUAAAGAUAGUGAUGAAAUAUCGCAAGUGAAACCAAAUACAUCUAAAGAUAGUGAUGAAAUAUCGCAAGUGAAACCAAAUACAUCUAAAGAUAGUGAUGAAACAUCACAAGUGAAACCAAAUACAUCUAAAGAUAGUGAUGAAAUAUCGCAAGUGAAACCAAGUACAUCUAAAGAUAGUGAUGAAAUAUCGCAAGUGAAACCAAAUACAUCUAAAGAUAGUGAUGAAAUAUCGCAAGUAAAACCAAAUACAUCUAAAGAUAGUGAUGAAAUAUCACAAGUGAAACCAAGUACAUCAAAAGAAAGUGAUGACAUAUCACAAGAGAAACCAAGUAAAUCACACAAAAGUAAUAAAGCAAAUCAGAAAAGUGUGGAUUCUUCCUGUGCUAAGUCAACAAACAGUGAUUCAGAUAGUGACUCAUCUAUGAUGUCAGACUUUUCACCUAGACCCCCACCUGGAAGAUAUGACAACACACCUCUCUCUGAAACAUUUGACAUGAAAACUACAGAUGGUGAAAAGGUGAAAAGUCCAUAUCUUUUUAAUGAUAAGAAGCAUGCAUUAAAUCUAGUGGAAGGUUUACAUGGGUUACAAAAAGAAGGCAAAUUAACAGACACCAUUGUAUCCAUAGACGGUAAAGAAUUCAGGUGCCAUGCUGUAAUUCUACUAGCAUCAGCUGAGUCAUGGAAAAUAAGACUCUCUUCUGCAUCAGAAGAAAAAGAUGGCACUAAAAAAAUUGUUUUGGAUGAAGACAUUGAUGCAACAACAUUUAAUCAUGUAUUAAACUUUAUCUACUCUGGUAAGAUAGAAGCCACUGAAAACAGCUUGUAUAGAUUAAAGGAUGCUGCUGAUACACUGGAAAUUCCUAUGCUCUCAGACUACUCAGAAAAGGUGAUUAAACAAGAAAAAGACGAACGAGAAAUGAAGUCAAAGAUCCCAGAUAACCUACCAGAUGAGAUUCGCAUUUAUAUUUUCCAUCAGAGGCAGUCAGAAGCACUGAAAGAAGAAAAGGCACGAGUUGCAGCUGUAUCCAUGGAGAUAAUGAAGAAGUUACAUGAGAUGCAACAAGAAAAAACAAACACAGAUGUUGAACUGAAAGUAAAUAAUGAACUGAUUGAGGCACACAGAGUGUUACUUGCUGCUUGCAGUCCUUACUUUACUGCUAUGUUUACCAGUAAUAUGAAGGAAAGUUUGGAGCGUGUUGUAGAAGUCAGAAACAUAGAUGAUAGUAUUAUGGAAAAACUCAUCAAAUAUAUGUAUACUGGUGAGAUAGAGAUGGAUGAGAAUGACUCGCAGUCAAUGUUGGAGACAUCAUGCCUUCUACAAAUUCUGCCUAUUCUAGAGGCCACUGGACGCUUUCUAGCCAAUCAUCUUGAUCCAAUCAAUUGUUUUAGUAUGAAGCAGUAUGGUCAGAUUCAUUGUUGUCAGUCUUUAGAGACUGCAGCAGAUAUCUAUAUACUGGAACAUUUUGAUGAUAUAGCCCAACAGAGUGAUUUUCUGAAAAUUGGCCUGGAUGAAUUUACUACUUACUUGAAGAUGAAUGUCUGUGUUGAGAAAGAAGAUAUUAUAUAUGAUUGUCUUAUGCGGUAUAUUCGAUAUGAUUUAGAGAAUCGUAAGGACAGUUUGUCAGAAAUGUUGAAGAUGAUACGAUGGCCAUUCAUCAGCCAGACUUUCCUGAAUGAGAAAGUUAAAAAUGAUCCACUGAUUGUGGACUGUGAUGAGUUGUUUGAUGAGGCUGCCAAGUACCAUAAUUCAUCUAUACAGGAAAGAUAUGGAAUAAGACAAAAACAUAGUUGGUCACAUCCUAGGAGUUAUAGCCAGGUAGUUGCUGUCAUAUGUGGAUUUCGUACACCUCGCAAUGUGCGCAAUGUACAGAGUUUUGAUCCAGAUAGUAACAAAUGGCAACCAAUUGUAGAUUUGCCGGAUCCAACAUUUGAUGACAUCGUAUCUGCUGUGAAGAUAGGAACUGAUAUCAUGUUAUUCACACUGAAGGGAAAUGCAUGGCUGUACAACUCCAGUCAGCGUCGGUGGCUCCAAAUGAAAUGUCCAAAAAAUGUUAAUCGCUUUUUCUAUGGGGCUGCAUCAUUGAAUGAUAAUGUCUACCUUGUGGGAGGAAAGAACUUGGAAGGGACUGUCUAUAAAAGUGUUGAACGUUACAACCCAGUAACCAAUGAUUGGGACAAUAUUCCAGAAAUGCCAACAGGUGUACACUACCCUGCUGUUACAAGCCAUGCUGGGGAACUGUAUGUAAUUGGUGGACACACUGCAAAGUACCACAGUCCAUCUGGUGCUGUUCAGAUUUUCAACCCGGAUACAAAUAUUUGGCGAAGAGGUGCUGAUAUUCCUAUAUUGACAUUUAUAGCCAAUGCGCUGUCAAUUCAUGAGUAUGUGUAUGUUGUAAGUGGGGAGUACGGACGUAUGCAGCGUUAUUCUCCAAGAAAUGAUAGAUGGGAAGAAGCAGCCACGCUGGAUCAACGUCAUUAUUUAGGCACCAUCACUGUGUGUAAUAACAAGAUCUAUGCAAUCGGAGGCUAUUCAGAUUUCUCACAUUCUGAAAGGAAUAUCUCCAACAGUAUCGAGUGUUAUGAUCCUCAGAAGAAUACUUGGAAAACUGUAUCUGAGAUGCCAACACCAGUUCCAUGGCAUAUGAGUGUGGCACUUCCUAGAUGUGUAGUUGAAUGUCAUAACUGUGUGUAA